CGCUGCGCGAGCUAAGCCGAAGGACCGCCUGGGGCUCGCCCACGCCAAGAUGCUCCGCCGAGGCUGUAAGGCCUCGGAGAGGCGGAGACGCCUGAGCGCCAGCCUUAGCUGGCGGCAAGACCAGGCGCUGGGCAGCAGUAUCUACCUCCUACGACAGAUGGGCCCCACCGGCUUCCUGCUGCGGGAGGAGGAGCCCGAGAACAGGGAGUUCCGAGUUUUUCUAGGAAAUCCUCAUGUUUGUAACUGUUCCACAUUUCUGAAAGGAGGGGAACUUUGUAAGCAUAUAUGCUGGGUCUUGUUGAAAAAAUUCAAGCUUCCAAGAAAUCAUGAAUCUGCUUUCCAGUUGGGUCUUGUAGAAGGAGAAAUAAGUGACUUAUUACGGGGGAUACAUCGAGUUCAGACUCCCCAACCAGGAACAAAUGAUGAAAAUGCACAUGUUGAAGAAGAUGGACACACUAAACAGAAGGAAAUUGGUUCAGAGGAUAUCUGCUCUAUUUGUCAAGAGGUGCUUUUAGAGAAAAAGCUUCCUGUCACCUUUUGCAGGUUUGGCUGUGGCAAUAGCAUCCAUAUAAAAUGCAUGAAGAUAUUAGCUAAUUAUCAGAAUAUGAUAUCAAACACUUCCAUAUUGAAAUGUCCUCUGUGUAGGAAAGAGUUUGCACCCAUAAAACUUAUUUUGGAGGAAUUUAAAAACGCUAGCAAACUCGUGGUUGCAGCUGAGAAAGAGCGACUGGACAAACACCUUGGAAUUCCCUGCAAUAACUGUAAACAAUUUCCAGUUGAGGGAAAGUGUUAUAAGUGUACCGAAUGUAUAGAAUAUCACUUAUGCCAAGGAUGUUUUGACAGCUGCUGCCACCCUUCUCACACAUUUGUAUUUCGUGAGAAGAGAACCCAAAGAUGGAGUUUACUAGAAAAAAAACCAGAAGAAGUUGUGAAAUAUAUAGAUAUUAAAAAUGAGAUAGAAGAAAAGAUGCCACAUUUUCAAAAAAAGCAAGGCCAGGUUUACACACCAAAAUAUAUAGUAGAGUCAUUGCGUCUCCUAUUGAUUACAAAGAAUAGCAAGCUGCUUGCUCCAGGCUACCAGUGUCGACUUUGUUUGAAGACAUUUCAUCUUGGUCAACACGUAAGAUUGCUACCAUGUACUCACAAGUUUCACAGGAAAUGUAUUGACAGUUGGUUAUUCUACAAGUGCAAUUCAUGCCCUAUUGAUGGACAAGUUAUAUAUAACCCUUUAAUCUGGAAAGAUACAGCAAAGAAUGGACAAGCACAUCAGUCUGUUUCAAACACAGACAUCAUUCAUUCAUUAAAGCAGAAAGAAACAGAACUUUUUAUUCCUGGUACUGGAUUAGUCUUAAAGCAAAAUAAAGUUGGAAUUUUACCUAGCAUACCUCAACAUAAUUCUAAACAACAGAUUAUAACUCAAAGUCCAACAGAAACCUGUCAGAACUUAACAACACAUGAUCUGUGCUCUAUCAAAUUAGAUGAUUCAAAUUCAAGAAAAUUAAUCUACGAACGCAAAAUUAGCCAACAUUUUCCCAGGUAUCUUCAAGAUUUACCCACUGGAUCAUAUGGGAAAAUAUCAUCGCAAACAUUUCUUCCUUCCAUUGCUCAUAAGAAUAUUAUUUGUCCCACUGGAAUGGAAAGCCUAUGUAUCAGUGAGAGAUACCACACUGGGCAAAGCCAGAAGAUGACCAAAGGCUAUAAACGUAAUAACCACAAACUAAAGAUGACUCUUGGUACUAAAAUAAGAGAGAACAACAGAUCUAAUUCUUUACUUCCAGAGAAUUUAAGUCUUAUUGUCAAUUGGGGUACAACUAAACUUAGUUUGUCUAGAAGGUAUAAUAAUUGUAUGGGGAAAAUUAGACACAAAUGUAGUCAUCCAUCACACCCUUUAAAUACAAAAAGUACAGAGCUAUCUUUAAUGUUGGAAGGAGUUCAGUUGUGAAAAAUAGUUUUGUUAUAUCAGAAAAUAUUUGGAUUUUAAUGUUAAAAAAUAUUGUAUCUGUAGAACAUUAAAAGUAUAUAUAUUUAUAUAUAUGCUCUUGACAAAUGUACAUAAAAUUUUCUGUGAUCAUUUUGUCUAUUGUCUAUGAAUAACUCACUACACUUAAA